UGUCUCUUCAAUCUCCUCACAGGAUCCACUGUAUAUCCAAUGUAGACUCUCCCCUUAUAUUUAGGAUUCUCACAAUAGAGUAAAUAAACGCCAAAAAAAUGUUCAACAACAUCUGGCUUCUCCAUAUGAUACACAGAAACUGAAAAAUUAAAAAGCCACUUGUCGAACUAUUAGCAAAACGAUUUCUCGGAAAAUUGGCGCCAUUACACUCUGCUCCAACCUUAAAAUUCAUUUUCAUAUAUAAGCCAUAAGAGCAUCUUAUUGUGUGUAAAUAAAUAUAACCUAAAUAUCCUCCGGACAACGGCGUGUGAUGAGAGAGAGCGAAGAGCGUCUGCAAUGGCAGGUACAAAUAAUCGAGUCGAAGAAUUGAUAAACUAUUUCAAGUCACAUAAUAAAAUUCGAGAACAACAAACGCAUUCAGCUAAAGUACACAGUGUUGGUUGGAGUUGUGAUGGAAAAUAUCUCGCCUCGGGAUCAUUUGACAAAUGCAUCUGUAUAUUCUCACUGGGGCCGGACAGAUUGAAACAAGAAACGACUUUUCGAGGGCAUGGAGGCAGUGUGGAUCAACUGUGUUGGCACGCAUCCAAUCCUGAAUUAUUAUCGACAGCAAGCGGUGAUAAAACUGUGAGAAUAUGGGACACGAGAUCUCAAAAAUGCACUGCGACCAUUGAUACAAAAGGUGAAAAUAUCAACAUCUCCUGGUCUCCAGAUGGUACGACAAUUGCUGUUGGCAAUAAGGAGGAUUUAGUGACAUUCAUCGAUGCUCGAAAUAUGAAAAUCAGAGCUGAGGAACAAUUCAAUUUCGAGGUCAACGAGAUCUCGUGGAACAAGGAUUCAGACACAUUCUAUUUGACAAAUGGACAAGGAUGUGUUCAUAUUUUGAGUUAUCCAGAUCUCGAGUUACUUCAUGUUAUAAAAGCACAUCCAGGGACAUGUAUUUGCAUAGAGUUUGAUCCCACUGGUCGUUAUUUUGCCACAGGAUCAGCUGAUGCACUUGUGUCACUCUGGGAUGCCGAUGAACUCUGCUGUUUACGUACAUUCUCCAGGCUUGAGUGGCCAGUCAGAACAAUUUCUUUCUCGUAUGAUGGCCAAUUGCUGGCUGCAGCAUCGGAGGAUCUUAUUAUUGAUAUUGGCGAAGUGGAGACUGGUGAGAAAAUUGCUGAUAUCCCUGUGGAGGCUGCUACCUUUACUGUUGCCUGGCAUCCCAAGCAAUAUUUACUCGCUUAUGCUUGUGACGAUAAGGAUAGUUAUGACAGAAAACGCGAUGCAGGGAGUCUCAAGGUUUAUGGCUUCUCUAAUGAUUAAGAUAUUUAAUGGCUGAUAACAUUAUCAACAUCUCGUACUUGUAAAUUUCAACAAAUUUCUGUACAUCUCAAAAAUCAAUGACCGAAGACUGAAAGGUUCAUUAAAUAUGUUUUCAUCG